AUGUAUGGAACCAUUGUCAAUGGGCUUUGUAGAACGGGGAACACUAUCAGGGCUGUUAGUUUGCUUAGGAUAAUGGAAGACGGAAGCUGUAAACCUGACACCGUAGUGUAUAACACGGUCAUUGACAGUCUUUGCAAGGAUAGAAUGGUGGAUGAUGCUCUCAAACUCUUUUCUAAAAUGGAUGAGAAGGGUAUUUUCCCAAAUGUUGUCACUUAUACUUCUUUGAUUCAUGGCCUAUGUAAUUUUGACCGGUGGAAGGAGGCUACUGGAAUGUUUAGAGAAAUGUUGGAUGAUGGUAUUGCUCCGAAUGUUCAUACGUAUAGUGUGUUGCUGGAUGCAUGUACCAAGGAAGGGAAGAUGAAAGAGGCAAAGGGGAUACUUGAAGUCAUGAUACAAAGAGGUGUGGAUCCUGAUGUAGUCACAUACAAUACUCUAAUGGAUGGAUAUUGUUUGCAAGGCCACAUCGAUAAAGCAAUGGGAGUGUUCAAUACCAUGGUGGAGAGGGGCCUUCACCCUAAUGUUUUUAGCUAA